UCGUGCACGAGAUAAUGCGCAGUUAGAUGUCACUGGUUUUAACCAACAUUCGAACUCACCAACAGUACAGUGGCAGUCUGUUACGCGAAGAAAAUCCAGGAGCAGCUGAUCAGUCGCGCGAUGUAUAUCUCGUUUUUCUGACGAGAUCCGUGCAAUGUUAUUUGGUACUAACCACAGGUGCAGCCCUCAAGCGCAGUCAGUGUGCGACUGGAGGCGGCGUAGGAGACAAGCCCCUGAACGACAUGGAGGAAAGGGUCGUGGGACUUCUGAAUGUGGAGGCCAUGAUUGGCAUCCCAGGCGCGUUCGACAUUGGUGUUCCUGUAGAGGUACCUAAUGGCGAGCCCUUCAGCCUGCCGCUUUCCGGCACUCCCAUAACAUCGGACGCUGCUAGGCCCAGAUCAGUAGACCUAGUUCUUUCAUUCGAUACUACUGCAGAACCAAGCAGGCCUAGUUCAGUGAGGCCACGACAUACAAGCCAGGCUGAUAAUAUUCCGGAACGCCCGCAGGGUGAUGCAGAUGUCCACGGUGCAAGCGGAGGUGGGCUCCAGGAGAGCGAGGCCCUGCCGUGCACUUCAGGUAGCCGCAGGUCUAACCACAAACGUAGCAGGGACGCCCCUAGCCACGAGAUAAUCGAGACCCAGGAGGCUAUUGUGGAACGCCUCGACAGGAUUGUGGUCCUGCAGGAGCAGAUGGUGGCACUGAAGGCAUACAAACUGAAUGUUCGGUUUGAAAAUGGCAAAAUUGUCCCCAGGUAUUAA